AGACACAAGUGAGAGAUGCUCCAUUCUCUGGAGCUCAGGCAAGUGGAAAUGGCGGUUUCUUCAUCUCCGAUUCUCUCUCCAUUCGUAGUGAAUAUAAUAUCUGCGGACUUUGGCUCGUCUUCUACAGGUCUUCCUCGCUUCAAUUUCUGCUCCAUACAACGCAACAAUCGACGGCAAUCCCCUCUCAUCGUCCUCUCUUCGAAGUCAAGUAAGGAAUCGUGGAGUGAGGCUAAGCGAGUGUUGAUGGAGCAGUACGGUUUCAACCCCGACGAGGCCUUAUCUGAGCCGUCUCCGAAGAGCAAGAGGAAGAAGGAGCUAAAAGAGGCAGGAAAAGACAAGCAAAUCUCACCAAAGGAGCCUAAGCCCCCGCGAACUACCCAUAAGUUGCUUACGGUGCUUGGAGGAAAGGCUCGAAGAAUGAAGUUGCUCUCUCCAAAGGGCAUGGAUGUACGCCCAAUGAUGGAGGUCGUCAAAGGUGCAGCCUUUGAUAUCCUGCAGGCUGCCGGUGGCUGUCCUGCAUCCUUAAGGCCUGGCCGUUGGUUAGACUUGUACAGUGGUACUGGAUCUGUUGGAAUUGAAGCUAUUAGUCGAGGAUGUUCUGAGGUACAUUUUGUUGAGAUGGAUCCGUGGGUCGUUUCAGAUGUUUUACGUCCAAACUUGGAAUGGACUGGGUUUCUUGAUGUUUCAGUUAUACAUACUGUUCGUGUUGAAAAGUUCAUAGAACGUGCAAAGCAACUUGCAGGUAAAGAACCAUUUGAUUACAUUAGUGUUACCCCUCCGUAUAUGGAAGUUGACUAUGCUGUUCUCAUGGAUCAAAUAUCAAAUUCAGCCUUAGUUGGAGAAGAUACCUUUAUAGUAGUUGAGUACCCACUAAGGACUGACAUGCUGGAUUCAUGUGGAUGCCUUGUGAAGAUAACCGAUCGUCGGUUUGGUAGGACACACUUGGUUAUUUAUGGACCCAAGUGGGCCGAGAAGAAGAAGAAGAAAGAAAAGUUACUUCGGGGAGUAGCAGUAGAAGUUUGACCGAAGCCAACAUAUGGGAAGGGAAACUGAAUCUGAAAUUAUGAUGGUUUCUUGAAGGAUGCAAUUUUGCAUUCUCUUCUGCUAUGUUGAGACACAAUGAAAUAUUUACCCUAACAACUUUGAGUCAUGCUGCAUCAGCUCUAAUGGACUUGCACGGUCAAAGACUUAGCUGGUAAAUUUGAUCUCCUGACUGAUCAACAAUUGUUAGAAGACGAGUUAAACUUUUUUAUGUUAAAGUUGAGUUUUGUCAAAAAUAUGUAAGGAAUCUGAAACUAAUUUUUUGUAUAUAUAUUUUUUUAUUGGAAAAGUAACUUUGUAGGUA